GUGCACACGUGCUGGAAGGUCAUGCCUCCCUUCCGCAAGGUGGGCAACGUCCUCAAGGAAAAGUUCGAGGGGGUGAUGGUCAUUUCCCGCAAGCUCCUGGUCCCCAAGAGCUCUCACUUCAAGCCCUACACAGCUCAUGACCUGGUCUACUUGUUGGACAGCCCAGACUUCUGCGACCGGGACUCCCGGCGCGGGGUCUUCGGCACAUCUGGCCGCCAGUGCAACAGGGCAUUCCCGGCCAUGGAUGGCUGCGAGCUCCUGUGCUGCGGCCGGGGGGUUCCGCCCGAGCUGGUGGAGGGGUGCAGCUGCAAGUUUCACUGGUGCUGCUCCGUCAAGUGCAAGCAGUGCCAGCACGUCGUGGAGGUGCACAGCUGCCGCUGA